AUGGCUGGCAUGGAGCAAUUAGAGAUUCAUAGCAAGUCGUAUAUUGUUCGAUGGGUCAAAGUUGAGGAAAAACAUACAAUUUCAUGGAGUGUUCAACCGCACAAAAAAUCCAUAAACUUUGGAAUUGUCAAACAUCCAGGAACCGGAUCAUCAGCAAGCAGUGCUUCGACCCCGCGACAACUCAAUUUUGACGAUGCUGUUCAUUCCCUUCAACCACUCGAUCCCGUUUCGCAGAGAAGACUUUCCGCUACCACCGAUUCAAGGAAUGAUUCAUCCACGGCACAAGAUCAACUAAAGGCAAAGGGGUUCAUAUUAGUUGAAUGGUGUGGAAAAUGCGAAGCGGACAAGGUAUCCAUGGGUACAUUUGCGGUGCCUGUGGGUCAUGGAGGAAUGUACGGACUGGUAUUCGACAAUACAUUCUCGAAACAAAUAUCCAAGACUGCCACUUUUGUCCUAUUGACGUACCCCUCGAACGCAGCUCCACGCUCGACGCAUCUACAAAAGCUACAAGGUUUGGAUGGUACGCAUGCACAAAACGGGAGGAGACCAAGUCCGAAUCUCUCUGCCGCAGCCUCGGAAUCUGUGGAAAGUCUACAGAGUACGGCAAUGGGUCGGGGUGCGAGUAGAGGUUCGUUGAUAAGUAAAAAUGAUAGCGAAGGUGGUUUUUUGAGCUACCAUGUGGGUGUUUUACAGAAGAGGAGAAGAAAGAGAGGACAAGGCUACGCUCGCAGAUUCUUCUCUCUGGAUUUCGCGACAUGCACACUAUCCUAUUACUAUAGUCGCAAUUCAUCAGCACUACGAGGAGCAAUUCCAUUGAGUUUAGCUGCGAUUGCUGCAGAUGAGAGGAGGAGAGAGAUCAACAUCGAUUCUGGUGCCGAAAUCUGGCACCUGAAAGCAAAUAAUGCCAAGGAUUUUGAGGAUUGGACCAACGCCUUGGAAAAAGCUAGCAAUAAUGCUAGGGGGGCAGCUGGGGGUGUUGAUAUUGAUUCGGUGCCAACACCCGAUGUAGGAUUGAAGAUCGGGACCAGCUAUCUCCACGUCCCAUCAAAUAAGGAAGAGGAGAAUGAAUGGGCACAGAUCGAAGGCCUCGUGAGUAGGAUUGCAGGGACUAGGGAUGCUGUUCGUAGGUUAUCGAAAGAUACCGCUACACCGAAUAGGCGACACUCACAUCUUCUUGGAGUCCCUUCUGCAAGUCCUGUAGCCGAAGAGGCUGGUGAUUAUUUUGCUCCCCAAACCAAUCAAUCCAAUCAGACAAACGAGAAGAGACCUUUCUGGAAACGGAAAUCGAGCACACCGAUACCCAGCACGCCGACAACUACGCAACGCAGUAUGGCCGCACAACUUGCAGUUCCAGUGCCUACAGCAGCGACUAGCGAGGUCAAUGCAAAUGGAACCAACUUUCGAAAGCCACGGACCUCACAUGAAGAACAGAAUAUCCAUGAUCAUUGCACAUCUUUUCUCAACGAUCUUGACGCAGUCCUUUCGGACUUCUCAACUCUGAUAGCAGGUAGUAAACGCCGUCGUGCAGCGAAUACUAUACCUACGUCUGCUAGGUCCACACAUAGUGUUGAUUCGGCUUCUACAGGGGAAUUUUAUGAUGCAGAGGCGGGAGAUCCGGAUCGUUCACAGGUUAUGAUUAUUAAUCGUAAGAGUGAACAGGAAGAAACUUUAACGUCAGAGACAGAGGAUGAGAAAGAUGACUGUGGUGCUUCUACAUCUUCUAGUGGAGGAAGUGAAGAAGUGGAACACGUGAAUGGUGCAGCGGCACUUUUCCCGAUUAAACCCAAAUCUUUAGAUCCUCUACCGAUCAAGGUAGCUCCAAAACGACGAAAGGCAAUUCCACCAGCAACAGUUAUGCCUCCAAGUUUGAUAGGAUUUCUACGGAAGAACGUCGGUAAAGAUCUGAGCACCAUCAGUAUGCCAGUCUCAGCUAACGAACCACUGUCUUUACUACAACGCGUAGCAGAACAAUUGGAAUAUUGCAAUCUUUUAAACACAGCCGCCGAUCAAAAAGAUUGUACUAUAAGAUUGUUACAUGUGGCAGCAUUUGCAGUUUCCCAAUUUAGUAAUAGCCGAACCAAAGAACGCGCAAUUCGCAAACCCUUCAAUCCCAUGUUGGGAGAAACCUUUGAGCUCGUCCGCAGUGAACAAGAAGUUCCCGGAGGAUUCCGUCUUCUCGUCGAAAAAGUAUCGCAUCGUCCCGUUCGUAUGGCCUGUCAAGCCGAUUCCGCCAGAUGGUCACUCGGGCAAUCCCCAGCCCCAACGCAAAAGUUCUGGGGCAAGAGCGCAGAGCUUAUUACCGAUGGUCGCGUGCGUAUGGUUCUUCGUCUUCGGGAUGGAAUAGAAGAACGAUAUACAUGGAAUGUUGCGACUGUAUUUUUGCGAAAUGUUGUUAUGGGUGAAAAAUACGUAGAACCAGUGGGUAACAUGACGGUUACGAAUGAAACCACAGGUGCGAAAGCGCUGGUGGAGUUUAAGCAAAAGGGUAUGUUUGGGGGUAGAAGCGAGGAUGUGGUUGUAGAGGCCUAUGAUGGGGAGGGAAAACAUACAGGGGUUAGUCUUCAGGGAACUUGGACAAAUUCUCUUAAAGUCGUUGAAGCGGGUAGAUCGUCAGGGGCCGAAAUUUGGAAGGUGGGAGAUCUAGUGGAAAAUGCCCCGGGUUGUUAUGGCUUGACUACAUUCGCGGCUCAACUAAAUGAAAUCACGGAAAUCGAGAAGGGCAAAAUGGCAAUCACGGAUAGUCGAUUGAGACCGGAUCAGAGAGCGGCGGAAGCGGGUAAAUUGGAUGAGGCAGAGGAUCUAAAGGCGAAGUUGGAGGAGGCGCAGAGGGAAAGGAGGAGGAGUUUGGAGGAGAGGGGGGAAAUGUGGAGGGCGAAGUGGUUUGUGAAGGUUGAGGGGGGGAUGGAGGAGGAGGGUGAGGAGGUUUGGGGUUUAAAGGGGGGGAAGGAUGGGUAUUGGGAGGAGAGGGAGAGGGUUGCGAGGGGAGGUGGGGUUGGAGGUGCGGAGUGGAGGGGAGUGGAGCCGGUUUUUGGGAUUUGA